AUGGAUCAAGGUUGCAGCACGCUGGUGCGAAGUCUCGAGCAAAAAUACCUGGACGACGAUGACACCGUCGUAAAGGAUAUUCUCUUCACUGGAUUUACCGGUUGCUCGCCAUGCAAAAUGGCUAGUCAAAGAGCAUUGGAGCUUCUUGUAUUGAACAAUAUGAAUAUCGUUUCCAUCGGCGACACUGAAAAACUCGCGACUUUGGCCUCUCACGUGCUAGAGGCCGAUCUCGGUUGGAACCAAAUUGCUCAAUGGUCCGACGUCUCGUCCAUCCUCAGAAGUCUUCCUCACAUUCGCGUGCUUAAUAUUGGUCACAAUCCCCUCAAUCAGGAGAUCGACUGUGAACUACCUGAAGUCCCGACACUUCACACAAUUAUUUUGAAUGGGACGCAUUUGCCAUUCCGUACCCUUCGAUCUUUUCUUGCCGUCCUGCCAAAUGUUACUGAACUGCAUCUUUCGGACAACCAGUUCGAAUGUUCUGACGAUGAUUUUCUCCCGAUUAGCACCUCGGUCCGAACAAUUCAUUUGAAUAGAUGCGGUUUUGUUCAUUGGCAAUCUGUGAUGAAUGUCGUAAAACGAUUCCCAAACGUUUCGUCGGUGUUUGUCUGCGAGAAUCCACUGAAAAAUGUUGUGCAUUGUGAGCAUUUCGACAAAAUCAACACAUGGAGGUUCUUGAAUCUUGCAAAAACUGAUAUUAACUCAUGGGAGAGCAUUGACCACCUGAACAAGAUGAAGUCUAUCACAGAUCUUCGAAUUCCCAAUAUUCCCUUAUUAGAAGGAUUGAAGGAUGAGGAAAGGCUUCACUUAAUUAUUGGAAGAAUUCACCAUUUACAAGUUUUGAAUGGCUCUAAGAUUACGUUUGAACAGCGCGAGCAAUCAGAGCGAUUCUUCAUCCGUUACUAUCAGGAACAAAAGGAGAAACCCGAACAGUACAAGACGCUCAUCGACAAACAUGGGCACCUCGAAAAGCUCGUUAACAUUGACCUGUCUCCUAAACAAACUGCCAUUGUUCGCGUUCAUUGCGAAGAGCGCAAUUUCAAUGAGGAAAUGACGAUUCCAUUGAAUAAAACGGUUUUGGAAUAUAUGAAAGCGCUGGACCCGAGAGUCGGAAUAAAAUAUACACGCAUGAAGCUCUUUUUGUUUCGAGGCGAUGGACGUUGCGAAGAUUUCGCGUCGAGUACUUAUAAUAUGCAAUUGCAUUCAUUUCGGCUCGAAGACGGAGAUGUUUUCAUGAUUCAGAGCAAAGCCGUCGUAACAAAACGAAGACGGCCAACUAGUACAACAUCAAGCACGUGA